GGAGCGGGCGGGUCCCGGCGGCCCGGUGACGUGUCUGCGCCAUAGGCCGGCCCGGGGAAGCGGCGGCGCCAGCGACUCGGCCCCGGCAGCAGCGUCUGGCAGCCGUGCCCGCUGAGUCCGCCCGCAUCAUGUUCAGCGUGGAGAGCCUGGAGCGCGCCGAGCUCGGGGAGAGUCUGCUCACCUGGAUCCAGACUUUUAAUGUUGAAGCACCAUGCCAGACUGUGGAAGAUUUAACGAAUGGGGUUGUGAUGGCCCAGGUGCUUCAAAAGAUAGAUCCAGCAUACUUUGAUGAAAACUGGUUAAACAGAAUCAAAACAGAAGUAGGAGACAAUUGGAGGCUAAAGAUAAGCAAUCUGAAGAAAAUUUUAAAAGGAAUACUGGAUUAUAAUCAUGAGAUUUUAGGGCAGCAGAUUAAUGACUUUACCCUUCCUGAUGUUAACCUGAUUGGAGAGCACUCAGAUGUUGCAGAGCUUGGAAGAAUGCUUCAGCUUAUUUUGGGAUGUGCUGUGAAUUGCGAGCAGAAGCAAGAGUACAUCCAGACCAUCAUGAUGAUGGAGGAGUCUGUUCAACAUGUUGUCAUGACAGCUAUUCAGGAGUUGAUGAGUAAAGAAUCUCCAGUCUCUGUUGGAAAUGAUGCUUACGUUGACCUUGAUCGUCAGUUGAAGAAAACUACAGAAGAAUUAAAUGAAGCCUUAGCAACAAAAGAAGAAAUUGCUCAGAGGUGCCAUGAAUUAGAUAUGCAGGUUGCAGCACUUCAAGAGGAGAAAAGUAGUUUACUAGCUGAGAACCAGAUCCUGAUGGAACGUUUGAACCAAUCUGAUUCUAUAGAAGAUCCCAACAGCCCUGCAGGGCGAAGACACCUGCAACUACAGACACAGUUAGAACAGCUCCAGGAGGAAACAUUUAGGCUAGAGGCAGCCAAAGAUGAUUAUCGAAUACGUUGUGAAGAGCUGGAAAAAGAAAUCGCAGAAUUGCGACAGCAGAAUGAAGAGCUAACCACUUUAGCAGAAGAGGCUCAGUCUUUGAAGGAUGAGAUGGAUGUACUUAGGCAUUCCUCUGAUAAAGUGGCUAAGUUAGAAAGCCAGGUAGAGUCAUACAAAAAGAAGCUGGAAGAUCUUGGUGAUCUGCGGAGGCAAGUGAAACUCUUAGAGGCAGAAGACACUAUGUAUAUGCAAAACACUGUAAGCUUGGAAGAAGAACUAAGGAAAGCCAAUGCAGCGCGUAGCCAACUGGAAACAUACAAGAGACAGGUAGUUGAACUACAAAACAGAUUAUCUGAAGAAUCAAAGAAAGCAGAUAAAUUAGAAUUUGAAUACAAAUUGCUGAAAGAAAAAGUAGACAGCCUCCAAAAAGAAAAAGAUAGAUUAAGAACGGAAAGAGAUUCCCUAAAAGAAACUAUUGAAGAACUUCGAUGUGUACAAGCACAAGAAGGGCAGCUCACCACUUCAGGAUUGAUGCCACUGGGAAGCCAGGAGUCUUCAGACAGCCUAGCAGCAGAAAUUGUUACUCCUGAAAUCAAGGAGAAACUCAUUCGUCUUCAGCAUGAGAACAAGAUGCUGAAGCUUAACCAAGAAGGUUCCGACAAUGAAAAGAUCGCCUUGUUGCAGAGCCUGCUAGAUGAUGCAAAUCUACGGAAGAAUGAACUGGAGUCAGAGAACAGGCUGGUAAAUCAGAGACUUCUGGAGGUACAGUCACAGGUUGAAGAAUUGCAGAAAUCUUUGCAGGAGCAAGGUUCAAAAGCUGAAGAUUCAUUUCUUUUGAAAAAGAAGCUCGAAGAACAUCUGGAGAAGCUGCAUGAGGCUAACAAUGAAAUACAGAGGAAACGAGCUAUUAUUGAAGAUUUGGAACCAAGAUAUAACAACAGUUCACUCAAAAUGAAGAAUUACAAGAGCUUUACGGAAAAAAGAGGAAGAAAGAAGCAAAUGGAGGAACGGUACAAAAAGUACUUGGAAAAGGCCAAGAGUGUUAUCCGUACUUUAGAUCCUAAACAAAACCAGGGAACAGCUCCUGAGAUUCAGGCCCUGAAAAAUCAACUGCAGGAACGGGACCGAUUGUUUCAUUCGUUAGAGAAAGAAUAUGAGAAAACAAAGACUCAAAGAGAGAUGGAGGAGAAAUUUAUUGUGAGUGCCUGGUACAAUAUGGGAAUGACUCUGCAUAAAAAAGCAGCAGAAGAUAGACUGGCUAGUACAGGCUCUGGACAGUCCUUCCUGGCUAGACAAAGGCAAGCCACCAGCACAAGGAGAUCUUACCCUGGUCAUGUCCAACCAGCUACUGCAAGGUAG